GAAGGAUUCUGAAUCCUCGUCGCCAAAACGCUGGCGUCAAGCGGGUCGCUCGGAUUCAUAAUUGUGGCCCCUUGUAGUCAAAAAAAGACCCAUGAAGAAUAAUUUCUUCCUAUUACGAAUUUCGUGUGUUUGAUUCUGAUGAGGUGGGGCUCUUUUCCGCCGGAGUUGAAGUUUGAUCAUGAGGAGGUUGAUUAGUUGGUUGCGAAGGACACAAAGUAUCGAGGUGGUGUUGGAAUCUUGCAGUUUCAGGAGACGAAAGACUUUUGUACAUUUGUAAUUUUGUUUUUUGAGCGAAAGAAUUGCCCACUUGGGUUGUUGACGUAGACAGGGAGGGAAGGGAGAGGGUGGAAAUUGGGGUGCAUCCUUUGAGGUUUUGAGGAGAUCUGGGUGUUUUGGAGCGUGACGCUGUUGUUUGGAGGUUGCGAAGUGGAUAAAGCGAGAGAGCUUGUUAGCAGUAGUGGGGAGCGACAGGGAGAAUGGACACGAGAGGGGGCAUGGUAGCCAGGGGGGAGAAAGUCCUGAGUUGCAGCGGGGGAAGCUCGAGAGGGGGUUGGAGGUGGACGUCAUGCGGUUGACGCAAUCGGGAGCAGCGUUGGAUUCGAGUCGCUUGCCGUUGCACAGUCCACUAACGUCGCCCUUCGCGCCGGAUAUGUCUGUCAAGGAGGUAGCUUCGAAGGUUGGGCCCGACUUCUUGUACUGUUCAAAGAUUUCACACCCACCGAAAGUUAUUGCAGACCAGAAAACUACCGAAUUUUUCGCUGACUUCACACAAGAGGAGGAGAGGAUUCUGAAGGCUGGAAAUAUUUGUGCUCCGAUUGAAUCGAUGGACAUUCCCGAAAUGGAUUAUGAAUUAGGUCUCGUGGUGGGAAUUGCUGGUGGAGUGUUGCUUGAAACGUUGCAGCAUAUUGUUGACGUGGCCCGUUAUGUAGUGGUUGAUGUGCAGGCACUCACAAGGACCAUCGAUUCAGAAACUGGCCUGAUUGGGCUUCAAAAUUUGGAGGAUACUAUUUUUUAUGACAUGCUUGAGGACAUUCAUUUUUUGAAAGCAGCUCGUAACGAAGCUCUGUUCAUCGAUAUCGAAAACGUGAGUCAAACGAUGUGCCUCAUUGUUUCUGAGGGAAAGAACGGCUGCAGGAUUUACUCCAAAGACCAGGAGUUUUGUGUCCCUGCAUUUCCUGCGAUAGAAGUAGACCUUAUAGGAGCUGGAGAUAGCUUCUUGGCUGGCUUCUCCGCAGGCUUAUAUAAGGGCGUUCCUAUGGAACAGGCGGUUUUAAUGGGCAAUUACUUUGGUGGCCUUGCAGUAUCUCAAGUUGGAAUUCCCCUUUUUACAGCCAGUCAACUUGAGUCAACGGAUGAGACACGUAACGAAGUUCUCAUUGAAAAAAAAUCCGUACUACAUCCGCACUGCACUUUCGGGCAGUUAGUGAUAACUUGGACAAUGGUACUUCAAGCAAAACCUUGAGAUUGGCUGAUUUAGGUACCAACAUUGUUACGAUUCCACUGCAUGGUGGCAUCCUCCUCGCAGCCAGAUGGACUUCACCAGGGAGAAUUGUUUUCUUAAAAACGUCUUGUACCAUCUGUAAUUGAUAAUUUACCAAGGCUCCUUCAGUACUUCAUGAGCACCAUUCUUGGCAAGAUGAAGAGGGGAUAGCGAGCAGUUUUCAAAGUCUGCCACCCUAGACUGUCCUUAAUGAUGAUGAACAUCUCUGUAGGCUGGUUCUUAUCUAAACUUGGGUACCGCGCAUAUUUUGCGAAUUGUACUUAGCAGUGUCAUACUUUUCUUUUAUUAGCAGCUCAGCCUCUACAUAAUUAUAAUUUAUGCUGAAUUACAAGUAAAAUCAGGGUAUAGAUUCACCAUUGUAAGAAUCUGUUCAUGCUUCCAAUUUUGAGAGUUGAUUCAACGUUA